ACUAAACCGCGCGGCACGCCGGGACGCGCAGUCCGACGGGAGGUGACGUCAGCGAGCUGCCUCUCUGAUUGGUGCGAUAACUUCCACCUCCGCUCCCGCUGGUCACGUGGGGGAGGAACGUACAGCGCGCACCUUGUGUGGAGUGGCGCAGCGAAGUGUCGGUGCCAGGCCAAGGAAGCGCAACCCGUAAAGCAGCCCGGAGGCCGGGAAAGGGUCACUCCAAGGCCGAGCCUGACUCCCGAGGAGCACAAUGUACAAUGGAAUUGGACUCACCACCCCAAGGGGAAGUGGUACCAACGGCUACGUCCAACGCAACCUGUCCUCCGUCAGACACAAGAAGGACAGGACCGAUUACAAGUCUGAGGAGGAGCUGAAGAAGCUGGAAAACCUCUUGAUGAAGAAACCAAACCAGGAUAUUUUAGAUCAUGAGAGAAAAAGGAAAGUGGAGCUGAAAUGUUUGGAACUGGAGGAGAUGAUGGAAGAGCAAGGGUACAGUGAAGCAGAGAUCCAAGAAAAAGUGGCCACCUUCAGACUGAUGUUACAAGAGAAGGAUCUGACCCAAAGCAAAGAAGAAGAGAAGCAGAAGGCAAAUGUUUCAGAGACUCAUCAAAUGGCUGAAGCCAACGAGAAGAAGAAUGAGCGGCUGCGCGCUGCUUUUGGAAUCAGCGACAGCUACGUAGACGGAAGCAGUUUCGACCCAAACCGAAGAGCUGCUAAUGCAGCAGCCAAACCGCAGGAGCAGCAGAAGCAGUACAGUCUGGUUGAAGAUUCUGACAGUUCCCGCUCCCCAUCUCCUGCUAAACACAAGAAAAAGAAGAAAAAGAAAGAUCGAGGGCGGUCUUCAAGUCGCUCUCCCAGUCACAAGGACAAGAAAGCCAAGUCCCAUAAGCACAGAUCUGACUCUAACUCUAAAAAGCAGAAGCACAGCCCAAAGAGCAAACGUAAAACCAAGGAGAAGAAAAAAAAGAGAUCUCCUAGUGCCUCCCCGAAACAGAGAGACGUUUCCUCCUCCUCUUCAAGAGAUGAAGCCUCGCGCAGCAGAUCAAGAAGCAGCCAGCCAAGAAGCAAAUCUGAUCGAGCCAAACAUUCAAGCGAUGCAAAGGAGAGCCCAGCCAGAAAAAGAUCUGUCUCUCCGAAAAGAAAUCGGAGAAGUGACCGAGGCCGUAGUCCAGUGGAAAAACCCUAUAAUGAUAAAGUUUCAAGAAAAGAGUUCGUUCAUCUGGACCGUUCUCUUUCUACAUCUCCUCCUAAAAGACAUACUGAAAAAGAUGAGCUACAAGAUUUUGAUAAUGAGAGGUCCCGGGAAAAGAGCUCUAGAUCUGAAAAAAAAUCAUCCCGUCUGCAAGCUCAUGAAGAUUCAGCCAGUUCCAGCAAGCUGACCAGAAAGAGGGGCAGACAGGAGAGUCCGCAAGGGCAUGAACGCUUCUCCAAGGAAAGAGUGGGAGAGAGGGUAUCAAAAGUAUCUUCUCCAGAGCCCAGGAAGUCCCCCAUCGGAAAAUCUACAAAAGUGUCAAGGAGGGAUAGAAGUUCUUCUAGAAGCAAAAGCUCUCUACAGAAAUGUAGAGAGUCCCCUUCAAGAUUUGACAAAAACUCUGUAAACAGGCGUUCUCCUGUAGCUUCUAGCAAGAAGCAUUCACCAAGUGUUCAUUCCUCUUCUCGUUCAUCAUCAUCAUCUUCUUCUGGAACCUCUGAAAGUGUAAAAUCCAGUCCGUUAAGAGCGAAAAAGAUUGAGGGAAGAGGCAAGGAGAAUAAAGUCACCAGAGCUAAUCUAAGUGCAAGAGAUGGUAAACCUUUGAGGUCAGUGAGUCCAAUAAAAGAAACAAAAUCAAAGGUUUCUCCAUCUAGGCAAAAUACUCAUAACAGCAUUUCCAGGAAGAGAAGUGUAUCAAAUAGUCCCCCUAGAGGUGUUAAAUCAAAAACACCUCCAAAAAAAUACAGAUCUCCUUCAAACACACCUCCCAGGAGGGCUCGAUCGAAAACUCGUUUAGGAAAAGCCAGAUCUCCCUCAUAUUCACCUUCUAAAAGGACACACUCUCCACAGCGGAAAGCUAGGUCUCCUAGUGAUUCACCAAGAAAAGAGCGUGUCCUGUCUUCUCCAAGUAGAAAUCGAUCAAGAACACCACAGCGCUGGGCAAGAUCUGUUUCACAAAGCCCCCCACGAUAUCAGAGAGAGACGGACAGAUCUCCUCAGGGACAUGGAAAACGCAGAUCACCACAGCGGAGGCUGGACACAUCAAGAGAAAGCAGGGAAACACAUAAGAGAGAUUUUUACAAGCAGGCAUCUAAAAGGCCAAAUUCUUGUUCUAGAUCACCGGUUGGAAAUACAAAAUACAGCAUGGGAUCACCUCAGAGGAGAUCUCGUUCUAAGUCUCCAUACAUUAAACCAAGGUCAAGAACUACCUCUCCAACUCGGAAAGCUAGAUCACGUUCUAAGUCUUUAAAUCAGAAGAAGAGCUCUAGGUCUCAACAGAGACAGAAGAAAUCACGAUCCGUGACUCCUCGAAAUAGAGGUAGAUCACGCUCCACAUCAGUGCGGCAGCGUAAAGUUUCACCGCCCUUGACGACAAAAGAUUUGAGGUCACGUUCCAGGUCACCUGUAAAGGACACUGUAAAAUCCUGUUCUAAAAUUGUUUCCAGGCAUUCUAGAUCCCUUAGUCGUUCACCUCUGAUAAACAAGUCCCGUUCUCGAACACCAAAAAGAAAAGGGCGAUCCCGUUCAACAUCUAGGAAGAAACAGUCAUACUCCAGAAUAACACAUACAAAGAUGGUGUCUCCCAAUCUGCGUGAGGUCUCAAAAUCUAGACAAAAGUCCUCUUCACGCUCUGUGUCACCACAGCAAAAAUCAUUCACCCGCAGAUCUUUGUCACCCAAGAAACGUAGCAGUGGGCACUCUAGAGAUAAUCAAAAGAAAAUUGUUUCAAGGUCGCCCACUCCAAUAAAGUCUAUGUCCAGAGCAGAGAGGGCAAAAUUAGACUCUAGCAAGCAAGGUUAUAGCUCUUCACCUGAGCCAAGAGUAAGAAAUAGAAAACUGAGUCAUUCUCCUGAACAGACAAAAACAUCUGUUGGCAAACCGUCCUUGCAAAAAGAGCAUUAUCGUCGCAGCCAUUCAAGGUCUCCUGCAUCUCGGAAGUCACAUGGAAAAUCAACAGAAAAUGAUCUCCCUGUCAAAAAAAUCUCUUCUAGAGCUAGCAUAAGUUCCAGAGCACCUUUAAACCGAGGUGUGUCACCGUCUCCGGAACGUAAAGAGCUAGUUCAUCGUCGGUCUCUGGAAAUCAAGUCACGAGAAUCAUCUAGGCAAAGCCAGAGUGAUUUUUCAAGGUCUUCAGCAAAAGCGAUAGAAUCUCAGUCUAAUAAGAUGCUUACUCAAAAAGAAAGAUCAAGAGUGCCAUCCCCACAUAGUCACUCUGGUUCUUCUUCAGAACGUGAGAUUAAAUCUAAGACACCUCCAAAAAAAGGAUCAUCUGGAACACUUGUGGGGCGUAAAAGCAAACCAGAGACCUUUAAAUAUAAAGAUAAUUCAAGGUCCUCUUCAGAAAGUAAAUCAAGGCUCAAAUCACCUCAGCGUAAGCACAAGUCUUCAGAACUUGUCAAUAAAAAACAUUAUCAGCGCAAAGCCAGGUCCAGCUCGACAUCCUCAUCACAUGAUUCUAGCCGUUCAAGAAGCAGGAGCAGGUCUGGAUCUUCAUCAGAUAGUUUGCAUAAAGGAAAACCAUUACAAGUAAAAACAAGUUCAAAAGGGAAACCUCAGUCUUCACGGGUUAGUUCUGGUUCCUCUUCAGAACAUGAGUCGCAAUUAUCAAAGGAAGAAAAGGUGAUGAAACCCAAGGUUUAUACUAGGUCAUCUGAUGAUGAAUCUAAAUCAAAGAAACCACAAACCAAACCGAGAUAUGAAGAGUCUCUAGGAACUGCCACAAAAUCAAGGCUACCAAAACAUAGAGAUGGAGCAAGAUCGUCUUCUGAACAUGAACAUAAAUCUCAAUCCAUACAGCACAGAGCUAGUUCAGCCUCUUCUUCAGAGCGUCUGCUUAAAGCAAAAGUACCUCCACACAGGCCUAGUUCUGAAUCAUCAUCGGAACGGCAACCUACUCGGGCACGUAAAAGCAGAUCAAGUUCUGGAUCUUCUGAACGCCAGUCUGCCACUAGUCUAAUGCAACAAAAAAAAUCUGUGUCCUCAUCAGGUCUUCAUUCUAAAUCUAGACCAAUUCAAAGCAAAGCAAGCACAGAGAAUUUGAAUCCACAAACUAAAUCCAGACCACCGCAGAUAAAAAACAGUUCUGGGUCAUCUUGUGAACGUCCACCUACAACUAGGGCACUGCAGAGAGAGCGUAGUUCUGGAUCUCCAUCAGAUAGAGUUAAAAGUAGACAAGCCCAGCAAAAAAGUUCUUCUGAAUCAUCAUCUGAACAAGAACAUGAGUUUAAUCAAUCUCGUUGCAAAGCCACUAGUACUUCACCAUCACAACAUUCCAAAAAUUCAAGGUUGUCCAAACGUAGUAGUUCAGAAUCUGUUGAAAGAGAAUAUAAAUCUGGUCCACCUCGCCAUAGAUCUAGUUCUGAAUCUUCAUCAGAUCUGGAUUCUGGGUCAAGGCGCUCUGAAUCUAAAGAAUUACCUCGAUCGGACCGGCAAGAUGGAUCUAGACAUCCUAGAUCUAAAGACAGUGUUCAGUCAUCUCAGCGUGAUACAGAGCAUAAAACAUCUCAACAAAAACUUGUUUCUAGAUCAUCAUCUGAAAGUGAUGGCAGACCUAGGACUCCCUCACAAAAACCUGUAUCUCCAAAAUCCCCUCAAACUAAAAGUAGUACAGAACAACUGAAGAGAGAGAAAAAACAGCACACUGGCAGGUCUGAAUCAUCAUCUGAUCUGGAAUCGUCAUCUAAAACACCCCCACAUAGAACAUCUCUACCGGUACUUAGCUCUUCCACUGAUGCACUUAUACGUAGAUCGAAGUCUCCAGCAUUGACCACAAAAUCUGACCUGUGGCAGACAUCAAGUAUAGGAUCACCACUACAAAUACCUCAGAAAUCAGCCUCACCUCUUUCACAUAAGGAUACAACUUCUAAAUGGUAUAAAACAAGUCUCCAUUCUGAAAAUAUCGGGACUGAAUCAUCUGCUUUUGCUGGUGAAUUGUUGGUACAAUCCAAAUCAACGGAGUCUGAAGACCAGUUUUCACUGUAUGCAGGUUUGGUUCCACCUCGUGAACGUGAUGAAACAAAGUCUUCUCUCAAGGAAAAUGUGACUGAUUCCUUAGUUCAAGCAGGACUCUGUCCAGCUAUAAAUCGGUCAGAAACUAAAUUGGAUCUGCCUCUUUUAAUUGAGAGUCCACAGUCUGAUUCAAAUUUAAAGACUUCUUUGACACACCCCAGCAUGGAAGAGGUAAUGGCUGAAACUGAAAUGACACAAUCUCAAUUAACUGAAUUGUCCCCAGGCCACAAUGAAAGUCAGAAAUAUCCACCCAAGAGAGGGAAAUCUGGCUCGUCGUCAUCCUCCUCCUCUUCUGCCUCCUCCUCCUCUUCUUCAUCGUCGUCAUCAUCCUCUUCUUCCUCCUCAUCCUCCUCCUCUUCAGAAGAUGAGGAAGAGGACUCUUCAAAAAUGCAAAAUAUUGUAAUGUCACCACCUGCAAAGAGGUUAAAGAAAACUGAAAAACAGUUAACAUCUUCACCAUCUCCUAAGCCUAGAACUCUUGAAAACUUGGAUUGUGAUAAAUCUAUGUCAUCUGCACCUAACACACCAGAUGAGGCUAGCAAAAAAAGUAUACGUUCACCAGAACAGAAAAAAACAGAUACUGUACAAUUACAGGCAAGCAUUAGCUCUGGAUGUGAAUUAAAGUCACCUACAUUGUCUGGUACAAACAAUUUUACAGAAUGUUGCCUUGAUUCUCCCCUGUCAUUUAGGGACAAACUUGCACCAAAAAAGAGAUCUCCUAUUGAAAAUAAAACAGAGUCAGAAUCACCAAUACCUGAAGACAAGGAAUAUGAUGCUACUAUUCAGGUUAGCAGCCCAGCAAAGUCACAUGAGAAAGAUACUGGAGUAUCCCCCAAAAAUACUAGUUACAUUGCAGUGGCUAAUGAGUCUAGCAUAAGAUUAGAAAGAAGUAUCUCAAGGUCUCCACCAAGGAGUUUCAAGGCUGCUCUGUCACCAAACAAGUCCCCAUCUCUGGUAACUUGUAAAAAGGCAGACUCUAGUCAGUCUCAAAGCCGGACACCUUCCCCUGAUAAAUCUGAGAAAAGAGACUCCCCCCUUCAAAAGAGAUCUACUCCCACAAGGAAAAGUUCUAAGUCUCUAAGUGCAGAUCUUAAGACUGAGAGCAAAAAAUACAGCAGCUCAGAUUCAUCGUCUCAAGACAGCAGUUCUGAUUCUUCAAGUGACAGUGAACACAGCUCUUCAGAAGAGGAGUCAACACAUGUACGUGUAGAGUCCUCUCCGAGGAAGGACACUAUCCAAAAUACUCCUCCAAUAAGGCGUAUUGCAUCCCCAGACCAGAACAAAUUAUCUAUCCCUCUAAAACACGAACAUUUAAGUAAAAAAACAGGCAAAGCUGACUUAAGAAAGAGUCGUUCAGUUUCUUCUUCCAAGUCACCUGUUAGACAGCAGGUUCGCUCACGUUUGGCAGGCAGGGAAUCACCGAGACAGAAACGACGAUCCCUUUCAAAGUCUCCAUCUAGAAAAGGAAUAUCUAUAACACCACCACGGCGCAAGGUUAGGACACCUCCCAGAGCCUUUAGAUCUCGCUCCAGGUCAAGGGGUGAUAGACGGCGUAGAGAGCGAUCAAGAUCGUCCCCGAGGCGUUAUCGUUCACCUUCCUGGCAGGAGCGAAGACGGUGGGGCCGCCGCAGAUCUCCAUCAUCAUCUAGACGAGGACGCUCUAGAUCUCACACAAGGACUGAGAGAUCUUGGCGUACACGGCGAGGCCGUUCUGGGUCUUCCCCUUGGAGAGGUAGAUCAAGAUCAUUGUCUAGACAUGAAUCUUCUCGUUAUCCCCGCCGUGGUAGAUCCAGGUCUUCCCCAAGAAGAAGAUCGAGAUCUCCACAUAGACGAGAUAAACAAACAAGUUAUCGCAGGGAAAGAUCCGGCUCUUCAAGGCGAAGGCGAUCUCGGACUCCACAGAGAAGGUCCCGUUCUCCUGCAAAGAGAGCCAGGUCCCGUUCACCUGAUAAAAACAACACUUCACAGAUCUCUAAAGUUGUAGCUUUGCCCAGUAAUGGGCAUUCACCAGCAGCUCUUCAAGAGAAAUCUCAUGCUAAUAAUGAGACUCUGAGGCUGUCAGAAAAAUCUAGGCUGUCUCAAAAAAGUGACCUUUCCCCUGUCCGUACUUUAAGCGCAGCCUGUAAAAGUCGUUCAGCCUCCCCAUCUAAUUCCACUACUCCACAGAAACCUAGUAUUGCCGUUUCAACCAAGCUGAAGUCCCCAUCACCCCAACCUCUUGAAAAACACAACAAUAAACUGGGAGGAAGUCUAGACACUAAGCAGAUUGGGUACGUAAAAGAUGUUGCUCCCAACAAGAGAGACUCAAGCCUACUCUUGACUAGAGGUAAGGGUUCACCUGCACAGCCAGAGCAUGUAAUGGAUGAAUGUAGUAGGUCUCCAUUAAGACUACUUAGAGAACCAACUGCCCCAGAAACACCUCCAGCAUCUAAAAGUGGGGAAGACGGUUCAGACGAAAUUUUCCAGGAUCAGAAAAAAAAUAGUAAGAUGGUUUUAAGUAUAGACUCCCCAAAAGAUGAGGCUUUGACAUUGACUGAAAGCACAGCCUGUACAAUGACCGCAAAUGUAGAAAAUAGAAAGGAGAGACUCUCAUCACCUUUACAUCCAUUGGCUUCACCAUCUUUAACCAACAAGUCGAGGAGGCAGAGUAGUUCAUCAGACAGCUCUUCAUCCUCAAGCUCGAACUCUAGUCCCAAGAAGCCUUCUGUGGAUCCUGGGAAUGUUCCUGCUGUGGAGAGAGUGCCCAGCCCUAUUCCAGCAGAACCCCCCAAAGCAGCAGAGCCCCCUGUUCCUUCAGAAAGGAAACGAAACUCACGGAGCCGCAGCUCAUCCACUUCAUCUUCCUCCUCGUCAUCCUCCAGUUCCUCUUCCAAUUCGGAUUCCUCCAACUCUUCGUCCUCUUCCUCAAGCUCUUCGUCUUCUUCCUCCUCCUCUGCGUCCAACAAAGCCAGCAGCAAGAAGGACACAUCUCCUGUUACUAGAAGAUCGCGCAGCCCACGGAAACCUAUUGACUCUCUGCGUGACUCCCGUUCCCUUAGUUACUCUCCCGCAGAACGAAGGCGCCAACCAUCUCCCCCAUCCUCACGAAGGAGAGAAAGGGAUUCUGGGAGGAAUCCAAAGUCACCAGAACGGAAGAGGCGAAAGGAUUCACCCAACGCCAGACACUCUAACAGAAGAACUUCAAGGUCUCCAUGAUCCAUUUACGUGAAGGAAGUUGAUUAGACGUUUCCUCCAUCUGUAAUGACUAUGGGACUUGGUUAAUUUGGUGACCUUUUUUUGCCUGCGAGGGUGCAGACUAUUUACUUUUGAGUGCCCAGUACUGCUUUUUUUUUUUUUUUUCUUUCUUGGGGUGGGGGAUCUGAGGCAGCUGUGACUGAUAAAGGAGGCCUGUGACUCCCCUGCACCCACAUUGUGUCUGCCUGCACUACACUGGUACAGCUGCAUUCACUCUGGGAUUGGCUGUCUUGCCCAUAUGUCCUGAGGAUCUUAAACACGGAAGAUGAAAUGUGAGCUUGCACCCGUCUCACUCAAUUGGUGCCGUCCCUUACAGGUGCACCCACCCAGCCCUCUACUGUGAGAUGCCAUAGAGACUGCGUAUUUACCCCCUCCCCCCGCAUCGUUAAGGUUACAUCACUAAGCCCUGCCCUGCUCCCAUCUUUCGUUCUGCAUCAGCAAUUUCGUAAUAAGUGAAUUUAAAAAGUGAGACUUAUGUAAUGUGUUUAAUUUUUUUCUUUUUGUAAUCUGUACAGCGAGAGAAUCCUUUCUGUCAAUAAAAGAAUAGGCAAAACCA